AUGGUCAACACCCGUAACUUGAUCCGAAUUGUGAUUGUAAUAUCAUCUUUCCUUGCUGACAUGAGAUAUGUGAACGCAAGACCAUUGGCAAUUUCGACGAAUCCAAUCGAUGUGAAAUUGCAGGUCAAUUUCAAGCAAGAUCAGAUAUCCACGUUGCCUGAGGUUCUUGGCGAUCCAAACUAUACCACCGGACCAACAACAGAUUUAAGGCCCAGACGAACAGAAGAGGAAGUGCCUUGCGUUGUGUGCCCGCUUCCGCCCAAAGGACAUGGGGGGAACAUCCCACAGGAUGAAGCCCAUGUGCCUAGAGACAGAUUAGAAGGCCCUCCGCCCAAAGGAAAUGGGCAGGUCAUCCCACCGCAAACCCAUGUACCUAGAGACAGAUUAGAAGGCCCUCCGCCCAAAGAAAAUGGACAGGUCAUCCCACCGCAAACCCAUGUACCUAGAGACAGAUUCGUAAGCCCUCCGACUUGCAUUAAUGGUUUCUGUCCGUCUCCGCCCCCGCCCAAAGGAGGUGUACCGGUCAAUGAUCCACCAAAACGCAGAAAAUCCAAGCGAGAUACAACUGUGAAAAUGAAUUCUAGAAACAGAACAGUAGGUCUUCCGAAAUGCCUAUCUAAUGGUCUUUGUCCGCUUAUUAAUGGCCCUCCCAAAGGAGGUGUACCGGUCAUCGAUCCUACACCGCCGCAACGCAGAAAAUCCAAGCGAGAUACAACUGUGAAAAUGAAUUCUAGAGACGAACAGUAG